CAAACAGGUUCAUAAAAUAACUUUACUGAUUUAUUAAAUGAAACCAACAAUGAAUCAAAACGAAACUAAAACAACAGAAAUCAUUAAAAAGUUUAAUUUUAUGUCAAAAGAUGGAUCAGAGAACUAUGAAGUGAAUAUUAUUGAGAUAUUAGGAGGUGUAUAUAGCUACUAUACAUGGCCGUGCGCUAAAAUCUUAGCACAAUUUAUGUUUUAUAUGAGACGAUGUAUGAAGAACUUAAAUAUCCUCGAAAUUGGAGCUGGAACUUCAUUGCCUGGAAUUUUAGCCAAGAAACUUGGUGCUAAUGUUAUAUUAAGUGAUUCAGCAUUGUUAAAUAAAUCAUUAAAUCAUAUCAAACGAAUUUGUGCCUGUAAUAAUUUAAAACCUGGAGUUGACAUUCAAGUUAAAGGACUAACAUGGGGAAUGAUUGGAAAUGGAUUAUUUGAUAUGUCAAACGACUUAGACUUAAUAAUUGGAUCUGAUUGCCUUUACGACUCGUUCGUGUUUGAGGAUGUGCUGUCUACAAUUUCAUUCUUAUUGGAUCAAAACCCUAAGAGCACAUUUAUAUGUUCAUAUCAGCUAAGAUCAAGUGACUGGACAUUUGAAAAUUUAUUAAGAAAAUGGAAUCUAAAGUGCAGAAACAUAGAUCUGGAAGAAAUCGGAAAAGAUGCAGGAAUCGAUAUGAAAGACUUGAUGGAAGGUCACGUCAUAUAUCUUUUAGAAUUUUAUCGUUUGUCAUGAUAAUAGUUCUAUUUUUUUUAUUAUCAGGAUUUUUUAAUAAAAUAAACUUUAAACCAUGGUUCUUAAACUAGCUAUAGCAACUAAUUGUGCUAUAUUUGCAUAUCAAAUUAAAUUUAAAUUAAAACUUACUGCAGUUUACUCAAAAUACUCUCAUAAUCCUGCUCAUCGGACUUUCUCUGAUACGAUCCUUCGAAUUUUGCCAUAUACUUUUUGAUGUAUUCCUUAGUCUUUCCUUUAACAGAGUCUGUUGCCUUUAAAAUACUAUUCGACUGUGCACAGUGCUUUGACUCCUUCGUUAGAACUGAGAAUGUUAGCU